GCUCGUCUGCCUCAUUGAACGUAGAUUGUACGACGAGGCGUUUUGCAUGGAAUGGGGAACAGUUUAGACUCGAAGAGCUACUCAAAGUCUGGGAUAUUUUACUCAAUUAAUAUUAUUGUUUUUUAUUUUUGCCUUUUGAAAGCAGAGUAGAGGCAACUUUUAUUCUCGAAGUGCCUGCCCAAGAAGCCCAAGGCGUCUUACUGGACUUCCCGAACACAACACACACAACCCGAAUUUGCCAAUGACAUAACCAAGGAUUUACAGGGGUCGAGUCGGCCAGACACAGCGCUGCUGGAUUUUUUUGUUAACGUUGUGAAGUUGAAAGGAAGCAGAUUUGCCAGUCACCAUGCCGGCCCUCUCCACCAGAGCCGGCAGUGAGAUAGGUUUGUAUGAGCUGUUGUCUGUACUGCCGUCUCAGCUGCAGCCUCAUGUUGAGCAUGCAGAUGACUGCUCUUUUCUACACGCCAUGUUUGGGGAGAGGAGUCUACAUUCAUUGGUCAAGAUCCAUGAGAAGUUACAGUGUUAUGAAGACCGCGCUCCAACUCCAGUACUGGACAGCGCCGGCUCACUGGCUCAAGAUUUGACGGAGGAACUCCAGGGAAGAAUUGCAAGUAAUGAGAUGAGAGAGCUUGUCAAGCUGCUGUCCAAACCACACAUGAAGAGUUUGUUGUCAGUUCAUGAUACUGUGGCCAGGAAGAGUUACGAUCCAGAACUUCCUCCUCUGCCAGACGACAUUGAUGAUGAGGAAGACUCUGUCAAGAUCAUUCGACUGGUCAAGAAUAAAGAGCCUUUGGGUGCAACCAUAAAGAAGGAUGAACACACUGGAGCAAUCAUAGUGGCGCGCAUCAUGAGGGGCGGGGCAGCAGACAGAAGUGGGCUGAUACAUGUCGGAGAUGAGCUGAAAGAGGUCAACGGUAUCCCUGUAGAUGAUAAAAAACCUGAGGAAAUAAUUUGCAUCCUGUCCCAGUCACAAGGUGCCAUCACGUUCAAAGUAGUCCCAGGCAUCAAAGAGGAGGAACAAAGCAAAGAGCCCAAGAUGUUUGUAAAGGCUCUUUUUGACUACAAUCCAGCUGAGGAUAAGGCAAUCCCUUGCAAGGAGGCAGGUUUGGCAUUCACAAAGGGAGAUAUCCUGCAGGUUAUGAGCCAGGACGAUGCCACCUGGUGGCAGGCCAAACUGGAGGGUGAUGGCAACACGCGCGCAGGACUCAUCCCAUCCAAACAUUUUCAGGAGAGGAGGUUUGCAGUCUGGAGACCCAUGACCAUCGCAACUCUUCAGAGAACCCCCAGCAAAAGAUUUUCGGGUCUACGGAGGAGUUUUCGUCUCAGCAGAAGAGAUAAGAAGACAAAUAAAUCGAUGUAUGAAUGUAAAAGAAAUGAGCAUUACGACACAGCUGAUGUACCCACUUAUGAAGAGGUGACGGUCUACCGCAGAAAACACGGAGACAGGCACAGACUUGUUUUGUUAGUUGGUGGAGGGCAGCAUCAUGGAUGUAUCAGUCGUGACAAAACCAAGGAUGUUGAAAAAGGUCCUACUGGUGUUGGUUUGAAUGAGCUCAAAAGGAAAUUGUUGAUAUCCGAUCCACAACAUUUUAGUGUCACCAUCCCACAUACCUCUCGAUCGAAGAGACAUCAGGAAAGUGAUGGAGUGGAGUAUCAUUUUAUCUCCAAACACCUUUUUGAAGCAGAUAUUCAGAACAGCAAAUUCAUUGAACAUGGGGAGUAUAAGGGAAACUACUAUGGGACGAGCUUCGAUUCUGUACGUUCAGUCCUGUCCAAGAACAAGGUGUGCCUUCUAGAUGUACAGCCACAUACGCUAAAGCAUCUUCGCACAGCCGAGUUUAAGCCCUAUGUGGUGUUUGUGAAGCCUCCAUCCAUCGAGCGUUUGAGAGAGACCAGGAAGAACGCGAAAGUCAUCUCAAGCAAAGACGAUAAGAACUCGUCCAAACCCUUCUCGGAGGAGGACUUCCAGGAGAUGAUCGGUGCUGCUCAGAUGAUGGAAAACCAGUACGGUCACCUCUUUGAAAAGGUCAUCGUGAACGAUGACCUCACGAUCGCCUUCAAUGAGCUCAAGCAGGCGCUCAGGAAAGUGGAGACAGAAGCUCAGUGGGUGCCCAUUAGCUGGACUCAUUCCUGAGUGGUGGCACCUAACAGGACAAAAGGAACAAGGACUAAGGGAAAGACUUGGAAGAACUGUGAUAGAUUUCAUUUUAUUGUGUAUUUUUUAUUUUUGGCUGUAGAUGGUGAUGGGGAAUGCUAUAUUUGUCUUGACAUAUCUAUUCUUGGAGACUAAAGUGGAAGCAUAUAGAUUUGUUUUUGUUUUGUGGUGGAUAUAGCUGAAGUGUGUAAUUGCACUCAGAAAUUCAGCAAACGUCUGAUUGUUUAGCCGCCGCUGAGAUAGUGUUUCAGACUGCCAAUCAAGUGGUCUGGUGGUAUUGACCACUUCUUGGUGUAUUUUUAACAUUAGUUUAUAGAAA